UAUGACCUCGGAUCCGGGCACUUCGCACCAGUUCUGUGCUACUCCGUAGCAGAGAGAUGUGUUGUCGUGUUUCAUAUCCCGUUACCGGGCAAGUGUUUGAGAUUGACACAUUUGGUGAAUGAUUUCUGUAUGCAACACGAUUGAAACAUAAGAGAGAAAGAGAGAAAAUUAAAGUACUACGAGGCUCCUACGGCCCCUUGAGGAGGCAUUUGCGGCAAAUUUCAAGGUCAAUGAUCGGGCUGCAAAAAGAGGGUAACACAUAUUCCAUACCGAACUUCUUUUAAUUAUCCCAUCCGACCGAAGUAGGCCUCCCUUGUUUCUUCCAACCACCCUUUCCCAUCACCACCAACCAUCAUUGCCAUCGUUCUCGACGGCCGCCACACCAGCUUGCCGUCGUUAUCAGCGGUCAGCACACUGUAUUCGCUGAGUCGACCUGUCCAGUAGCCAGCACGGCAUGUCUCUCAACCAUGCGAGCAGCGUAGCGACACAUAUCCCACAGUCCCUUCCUUCCUUUGCCCAGGCCUUCAGCUCGACGUCACUGGGGAAUAUAUCCCAGGGAAACAUAUCGCUGCCUCCAAUCCAGACACGACCCCAUUCGAGCGAUCUUCGCGUCAAAACGCCGACGAUGACUGUUUCACGUCCAGGAAGCGAAGAGGCGUCGUCUUCACAGAGGGUGAGUAAGAAACGCGCACGGGUCGAGGAAUCGCCGCCGACACAGGGAGAAAACGAGUCGGACAAUGAGACGACUCGGGUCAAAGAGGAACCUGACCAGGACAUGCUCCAAUCCAGUCCAGAGCCAGUCCAGCCAGACCGGCUUUUGGAUAUUUCUGGUGCACCGCCGCCGUCGUCUGUCCACCUCAAUCCCUCAAAACGACGGCGAGUCACUGUAAGCGGAGCGCCUCAGCCUGGCGCUCUCAAUACCGACGUUCGUGCGCCAGCGGAAGCAGCUGGCUCGACCCCUAUAUCGCCCGUUGUCAUUGGCUUCAGUAUGCCUAGCCAACGCGAUAAUCCCAAUGCCGCCGAGCAGGUCCGAUCCAUGAUCUCAGUCAAGCAAAAACAGAAAGCUCUCAUCGAACAGCGCAGAGGCAGCGUCGUUGGCGUUGUCUCGCCUGGUCAAUCGAGCGCUCCUGCUGCCUCCGAUGACCGGUCGACGCCAUCCAAGGCACCUCCGCCGUCUUCCCGACCCAUUCGUCUCAGCCCUAAUUCAGGGACAGGAUCACGUCGUCUUACCAACACUGCAGGCGGGAGCACUCAUCCCCCUAGUCCUGGUCCUAUCGUUAUUCCCACUCCUCAACAAAUUGUACCAACCCAAGCUUCGUCAUCUAGUGUUAAUCCGCAUUCAUUACCACCACCUCCUAUCAGCUUCGCGCGACGACGGGCUAAUCAACUAGGCGGUCAGGGGAAGAAAAAACCGGCUGAUAUUGUCAUCAGCCCCAGGGAGGCGUAUACGAAAGAGCAAUUAGCACUUUCCAUUCAAAGUGCGCCACCGAUACCACAUGCAGGCGGGCAACAGGGUUCCUUCUAUUCUGGAAGAGUUCCAAUGACAUUGCCCCGGUUGCCAUCUGUGCUGGGCGGUGGUGAAAAUGUGAAAAGGGUGGUAACUGGUAAUGUUCCUCCCACCCCAACGCGACUGUCGUUGCAGCGCAAUCCGUCAGGAUCCGGCCAAGUUGCUCAUCCUAUUCCCGGAAUUUCAGGAAGAUCGCCGCCAAAUGCUUCCGUCGCAAUUUCUUCCACGCUUGUCCCCCCUACUCCCAGCUCUCUCCAUCACCCUGGCUAUUCAGGCGGGAAAGCCGCUUUCUUAGCACCCUUUGAGAUGUUCUAUGACGCGCUUAACGAUUCGAAGCAGCUGAAGGCUUGGCUGGGCGAGCAGCUUCAGAAAUCACAGGCCCUUGUGCAGAAUCUAAAUCAGCAACAAGAUCGGCUUCAUGAGCUCGUGGAAAGUCUUGUCGAUAAGAAGAUGAGCGGAAUGAGAGCGGAGAUGGCGGGUAUGCAGCGGCGAAUAGACGAACUAGAGGAUGCUCUCAGGACACCCAAUAGUGGUCGCCGUCCGAGCAUUGAAAUGCCCGGGGCCCACAGGACAAAGGAGAAACAGAUGGCCAGGAAUGGUAUUGUACCUACCGGUCCCAUGGCUCCAGAGUCAUACACGUUUCCUCCAGUUGCACCCUCUGACCGAGAUCGUUUGAUGUCUGAGCAUGACAGACGGAUAUCGUCUCCGGGGUGGACACACGACAGAGACAGGGAUUGUCAAAGCGGACGAGAAUCGGAAAACGGUUCCCCGGGGCCUUUCGGUUCCAGGCGUCUUUCGGUGUCUGCUAGCCGUCUAGAUCCCAUGCCGCGCGGUGAUGGUCCUUCUCAACCUCGUAGCCUCAAUGUACAGUCGCCUCCGACCUCGCAUCGUGAAAGCACGCAUCAUAUGUCGGGAAAGAUGAUCCGGCGUCCAACACUACAUAGGCAGCAAUCAAGUCCUCGGUUGUCUGAACGCGAGCGGCGCGCGUCCUCUCCGCCCCUACCGCUUCGUCGGGAAGAUGGACGGCCAGGUAUCGUCUUGCCGCCGCGGGAAGGCUCGGGGACAAGUGAACGCGACGGUUAAUUACCUCAUCGUAAAAUAAUACUCACACGUUCUCCGUACGUGUUCUUGAUCGCGACUACCCCCUUCAUGUUGCCUUUGGACAUUGUUUGUGGACUAAUUCAUUUAUCGGGUCGUCUCGUGCUCUCACUCUCCUUCGUUCCUAUUUGUAUGCAUUUCUAUCCUCCUUCGACGC